AUGCAAGGAGACUUAUCUAUAAAUGAGUGGGAUAUUAUCAUAGUACAGGUUGAGAGCCUCUUUCGUGUUGAAUUCACAGCCCGUCCAUUUGUAGCUAUUCUCAAUGAAGCUAAUGCCAUUAUACGCCAAAUGUCUAGCGGUACAAAUGCACGGGAAUCUGAAAAUGCAAUGCUUGAUAAUGAAUACCAGUCUCGUAUAGGUGAAACAGUUGAAUUUAUUUAUGAUCCGAAUAGCGGAGCUGAAGCCAUGCGAAUAGGAUAUGAUCUUUUGAAGCAGGGCAAACGUGUGGCAUUCGUAUCUACUGGAGCAGUGAUGGCUAGAGCAUUAGUAGAAAAAGCAUCUAAGUUGUCUAAGCCUGAUAAUUCACUUGUUAGAGCCCGUGCAUAUUAUGGGGAUAUGGAUGGAAAACAGAGACAAAAAGACUUUUCCGAUAUUAAUGUUGCUUGGAGUGAGCUUGACUGUAUAGCUUAUACAAAUACAGUGGAAGCGGGAAUAUCAUUUGAGGUUACGGGCCACUUUGAUAUAGUUAUAGCCAUUACAAAUAUCGCAACUCUAGUUCAUGUUGAGGCUCUUACGCAAAUGCUUUAUCGAAUUCGUGACUGUCCUCGUCCAGAACUUGAAAGUGCUCGACCUAAUAAUUUGCCUACAUCAAUAAAGGGUCACCGUGAAUGGGAUAGCAACGCCGUUUCUUAUAAAAUCGAUGAAUCUCCUGCUGUAAUAACAUUUGUUGAAAUUGAGCAUCAGAAAUGGCUUUUUGCGAGAUAUUUUAUUGAGAAGCUUUGUAGUCUUAUAGCCAGUACUGGUGCUUCUCUCCAACUAAUAAAAAUGGAUGAGAGCCGAGGAGUUAUAGGGAAUCGUAAAAAAGUCCGCAAUGAGGUUAGGGUUGAAGCACUAGUUAUCAAGGAAACAGAUUUUGAUGCAGUUGCUACUUCCCGGAAUCUCGAUCCUGAAGAAGCUGAAAAUCUUAAAUUUGACCAAGAGCGCUCUAUCCCAGAUACUAUGGCACUUAAACGUUUCUAUAUGCGAAAUAUUUAUGGUAAAGAUAUAGACAAUGAGAUUUGGGAUAAUCUUUGCAAUAAAAAGUUUGUAAAACAUUUCAGUCCGCCCGAACCUCGGAAACAUUUCUUGCAGUUAUCUCACUCUAGAAAGCAAGGCUAUGAUGAGGAAAGUGCAAUGAAAGGGUUAGAGGCCAAAGAUAUUGCACAAUGGGAAGAUAGCCAUUAUUAA